AUGUCUGCUACCAACGGUGUCAACGGCAACGGCAUUGCCAGCCGCAAGCACUACAAUGAGGGCAACUUCCUCUUCACCUCCGAGUCUGUUGGUGAGGGUCACCCCGACAAGAUCGCCGAUCAGGUCUCCGAUGCCAUCCUUGACGCCUGCCUGAGAGAGGACCCCCUCUCCAAGGUCGCUUGCGAGACCGCCACCAAGACCGGUAUGAUCAUGGUCUUCGGUGAGAUCACCACCAAGGCCAAGCUCGACUACCAGAAGGUUGUCCGUGACGCCGUCAAGGACAUCGGCUACGAUGACUCCGCCAAGGGUUUCGACUACAAGACCCUCAACCUGCUCGUCGCUAUUGAGCAGCAGUCCCCCGAUAUCGCCCAGGGUCUCCACUACGAGAAGGCCCUCGAGCAGCUCGGUGCCGGUGACCAGGGUAUCAUGUUCGGAUACGCCACCGACGAGACCCCUGAGCUCUUCCCCCUCACCCUUCUCUUCGCCCACAAGCUCAACGCUGCCAUGUCCGCUGCCCGCCGUGACGGCACCCUCCCCUGGCUCCGCCCCGACACCAAGACCCAGGUCACCAUCGAGUACAAGCACGACAACGGUGCCGUUGUUCCCCUGCGCGUCGACACCAUUGUCGUCUCUGCCCAGCACGCUGAGGACAUCACCACCGAGCAGCUCCGCAAGGAGAUCAAGGAGAAGAUCAUCAAGAAGGUCAUCCCUGAGAAGUACCUUGACGACAAGACCGUCUACCACAUCCAACCCUCUGGCCUCUUCAUCAUCGGUGGCCCCCAGGGUGACGCCGGUUUGACCGGUCGCAAGAUCAUUGUCGACACCUACGGUGGCUGGGGUGCUCACGGUGGUGGUGCCUUCUCCGGCAAGGAUUUCUCCAAGGUCGAUCGUUCCGCUGCCUACGUCGGUCGCUGGAUCGCCAAGUCCCUGGUCAACGCCGGCCUUGCCCGCCGUGCCCUUGUCCAGCUCUCAUACGCCAUUGGUGUCGCCGAGCCCCUUUCCAUCUACGUCGACACCUACGGCACCUCCGACAAGACCUCCGAUGAUCUCGUCAAGAUCAUCCGCGACAACUUUGACCUCCGCCCCGGUGUCAUUGUCCGCGAGCUCAGCCUGGACCGUCCCAUCUACCUCCAGACCGCCAAGAACGGUCACUUCGGUACCAACCAGACCUUCACCUGGGAGCAGCCCAAGACUCUCAAGUUCUAA